GGCCGCUGGCGGGGAAGGAACCGGAGCCGGAUCCCAAGCUUCAGAGUUCGGCCGACCCCCACUGAGCGCCGGCAGCCGGUGGCCAGAAGAAUGACCACCCUCACUCGACAAGACCUUAACUUUGGACAAGUUGUGGCUGAUGUUCUCUGUGAGUUCUUGGAAGUGGCCGUGCAUCUCAUCCUCUAUGUCCGAGAGGUUUACCCUAUUGGAAUCUUCCAGAAGAGAAAGAAAUACAAUGUGCCUGUUCAGAUGUCCUGCCAUCCAGAGCUAAAUCAGUACAUUCAAGAUACGCUUCACUGCGUUAAGCCGCUGCUGGAGAAGAAUGAUGUGGAGAAGGUCGUGGUGGUGAUUUUGGACAAAGAGCACCACCCAGUGGAGAGAUUUGUCUUUGAAAUCACUCAGCCUCCCCUGCUGUCUAUCAGCUCCGACUCUUUGCUGUCCCACGUGGAGCAGCUCCUUCGUGCCUUCAUCCUGAAGAUCAGUGUCUGUGACGCCGUCCUGGACCACAACCCUCCAGGUUGUACCUUCACUGUCUUGGUCCACACUCGGGAAGCAGCCACACGAAACAUGGAGAAGAUUCAGGUGAUCAAGGACUUCCCCUGGAUCCUGGCAGACGAGCAGGAUGUGCACAUGCACGACCCCCGGCUAAUCCCACUCAAGACCAUGACGUCAGACAUUUUAAAGAUGCAGUUGUACGUGGAGGAGAGGGCCCAUAAGAGCAGCUGAAGCCGGCCUGCCCAGCGAACGCAGAACUGGC